UGUUUUCCCUUUCCCCUCACCGCCGUCUCUCUCAGUGCUGUUUCCGGGCCACCUGACCUCAGUGGGCUCUGCUACUAUCUCGGGGGCUUCCCGUUCUGGCCUCUUUGUCAAAGCAGUAUUUAUUUUUAUUUUUUUGUUUGUUUGCUGUGUUUUUUUACUGAGUUUCUUGUAUUGCUUUUGUUGAACAGUGUUUGUUAGGUGGUGUUGAAGGGACGUGGAAGUCCAUGUUUCCUGAGAAACACAAGGCGGUCCGGUGCCAUAAGACUGCUGCUGCUAUUUAGGCAGGCCAAGCAGCUGUUAUACUCUACCUUCUUUCCAGGGUAGAAGAUACACUUUGUCAGAUCAAUGGGUUAUUUUCCUGUGCUUAUCUGCUCGCCCUAUUAAUAACAAAUUGCUUCAGAAUGUUGCUUUUGAAACAAGAAUGUCAGAAGGGGACAGUAUUGGUGAGUCUGUUCAUGGAAAGCCGUCCAUGGUCUAUAGAUUUUUCACAAGGCUUGGACAGCUCUACCAAUCCUGGUUAGAUAAAUCUACUCCAUAUACUGCAGUGCGAUGGAUUGUAACUUUGGGCCUGAGUUUUAUCUACAUGAUUAGAGUUUAUUUACUGCAGGGUUGGUACAUUGUGACAUAUGCCUUGGGAAUAUACCAUCUAAAUCUCUUCAUAGCUUUCUUGUCACCAAAGGUAGACCCCUCUUUAAUGGAAGAUUCAGAUGAUGGUCCUUCCUUACCUACAAAGCAAAACGAAGAAUUUCGGCCUUUCAUUAGAAGGCUCCCAGAGUUUAAAUUCUGGCACUCUGCCACUAAAGGCAUCCUGGUUGCUAUGGCAUGUACAUUCUUCGAGGCUUUCAACGUUCCUGUUUUUUGGCCAAUCCUUGUCAUGUACUUCAUUAUGCUGUUUUGUAUCACUAUGAAGAGGCAAAUCAAGCAUAUGAUAAAAUACAGAUAUAUACCCUUCACACAUGGCAAGAGGAAAUACAAAGGGAAAGAAGACGUGGGAAAGACCUUUGCUAGCUAGAAGAUACAAUCAACCUGUUGACCAGUUCUGCUUAUACGUAAAGGAAUGGUUUUGAGCCAUUGUAACAAUGCCUUUUUUCUUCAUAUAAAGUGAUUAAGAGGGUGGUGACAAAGCAGUUGAAUUUUCAUUUUAUGAGGAUCUUGCUAUUUUUAUCUGAAAUAUCAGUUUCUUGAAGAAACUGGCAUUCUAACCAAAUUGCAUUGAGUUUAGUAUCUUUUCUAAGAGCUGGAGGAACUU